CCCCACGUGGUUGGAGGUUUCCAGAAGCGUUCCCACCGCCGCGCAGCGCAGCGCAGCUCCCGGCUGUCCGAGUGACUGUUGCCUCGUACUCUCACCGUUUAGCCGCCAUGAUAAGCGCCAGCCGAGCCGCGGCAUCCCGUCUCGUCGGCGCUGCAGCCUCCCGGGGCCCCACGGUCGCCCGCCACCAGGAUGGCUGGAAUGGCCUUAGUCAUGAGACUUUUAGAAUUGUUUCAAAGCGGGACUAUGCAUCAGAAGCAAUCAAGGGAGCAGUUGUUGGUAUUGAUUUGGGGACUACCAAUUCCUGUGUGGCCGUUAUGGAAGGUAAACAAGCAAAGGUGCUGGAGAAUGCUGAAGGUGCCAGAACCACCCCUUCAGUUGUAGCCUUUACAACAGAUGGUGAGCGACUUGUUGGCAUGCCUGCCAAGCGACAGGCUGUCACCAACCCAAACAACACAUUCUAUGCUACCAAGCGUCUUAUUGGCCGGCGAUAUGACGACCCUGAAGUCCAGAAAGACAUUAAAAAUGUUCCCUUUAAAAUUGUCCGCGCCUCCAAUGGUGAUGCCUGGGUUGAAGCUCAUGGAAAACUCUAUUCUCCAAGUCAGAUUGGAGCAUUUGUGUUGAUGAAGAUGAAAGAGACUGCAGAAAAUUACCUGGGGCAUACAGCAAAAAAUGCUGUGAUCACAGUCCCAGCUUAUUUCAAUGACUCACAAAGACAGGCCACUAAGGACGCUGGUCAGAUAGCUGGACUGAAUGUGCUUCGGGUGAUUAAUGAACCCACAGCUGCUGCUCUGGCCUAUGGUCUAGACAAAUCAGAAGAUAAAGUCAUUGCUGUAUAUGAUUUAGGUGGUGGAACUUUUGAUAUUUCUGUCCUGGAAAUUCAGAAAGGAGUAUUUGAGGUGAAGUCCACCAAUGGAGACACUUUCUUAGGUGGUGAAGACUUUGACCAGGCCUUGCUACAACACAUUGUGAAGGAGUUUAAAAGAGAGACGGGAGUUGAUUUGACCAAAGACAACAUGGCACUUCAAAGAGUUCGGGAAGCUGCUGAGAAGGCUAAGUGUGAACUCUCCUCAUCUGUGCAGACUGACAUCAACUUGCCAUAUCUUACAAUGGAUGCAUCUGGACCUAAGCAUUUGAAUAUGAAGCUGACCCGGGCUCAGUUUGAGGGGAUUGUCGCUGAGCUAAUCAGGAGGACCAUCGCCCCAUGCCAAAAAGCCAUGCAAGAUGCAGAAGUCAGCAAGAGUGACAUAGGAGAAGUGAUUCUUGUUGGUGGCAUGACUAGAAUGCCCAAGGUUCAGCAGACUGUGCAGGAUCUCUUUGGCCGAGCCCCAAGUAAAGCUGUCAAUCCUGACGAGGCUGUGGCCAUGGGAGCUGCCAUUCAGGGAGGUGUGUUGGCUGGUGAUGUCACAGAUGUGCUGCUCCUGGAUGUCACUCCCCUUUCUUUGGGUAUUGAGACUCUGGGAGGUGUAUUUACCAAACUUAUUAACAGGAACACCACUAUUCCAACCAAGAAAAGUCAGGUGUUUUCUACAGCCGCUGAUGGUCAGACUCAGGUGGAGAUUAAAGUGUGCCAGGGUGAGAGAGAGAUGGCUGGAGACAACAAACUUCUUGGACAGUUUACUUUGAUUGGAAUCCCCCCAGCCCCACGUGGAGUCCCUCAGAUUGAAGUUACAUUUGACAUUGAUGCCAAUGGGAUUGUACAUGUUUCUGCCAAAGAUAAGGGUACAGGACGCGAGCAGCAGAUUGUGAUCCAGUCUUCUGGUGGGUUAAGCAAAGAUGAUAUUGAAAAUAUGGUUAAGAACGCAGAGAAGUAUGCUGAGGAAGACAGGCGAAAGAAGGAACGAGUUGAAGCAGUUAAUAUGGCUGAAGGAAUCAUCCAUGAUACAGAAAGCAAGAUGGAGGAAUACAAGGACCAAUUGCCUGCUGAUGAGUGCAACAAACUAAAAGAGGAGAUUUCCAAAAUGAGAGAGCUCCUGGCUCGAAAAGAUAGUGAAACUGGAGAAAACAUAAGGCAGGCAGCAUCUUCCCUUCAGCAAGCAUCAUUGAAGCUCUUCGAAAUGGCAUACAAAAAGAUGGCCUCUGAGCGAGAAGGCUCUGGAAGUUCUAGUGCUGGGGAACAAAAGGAAGAUCAAAAAGAAGAGAAACAGUAAUAACAGUAAACUUUGGAGCCAAAAGGACAACAUAUGAUGCUUGGGAGUGAAGGGACUUCCUGAGCAGAAAUGGGCAGACUUCAGUCUUUUACUGUGUUUUUGCAGUAUUCUAUAUAUAAUUCCCUUAAUAUGUAAAUUUAGUGACUUAGCUAAUGAUCAUUUAAUGAGUGGUAAUUCCAACAGUAACAAAGCUCACAAUGUUCUGUCUGUCCCUAGCCUAUCAUUUUUUAGCUGCACGAAAAGGGAAGGUAAUGAUUUAUUGAUUGUAAAGACUUAACAUUGUUUUGUGCUGAAGUACCUGUAUUUCCAAGGGGUGAAACCAUCCCACACACAACAACGAAGGUAGUCAGACCUGGAAUAAAACCAACUGGGGAUAUAAGACAAGUACUGCCAUACCAGCCUGUGUGUAUACAUGGGAUCCUUCAACUGAGGCCUUGCAAGACAAGCCUGUUGUCCCACAUUCAGAGGUAGAGCAGGGGAAGCUAAGCUAUUUAUGUUAGGUACAGCUUUUAAACAAGGUAAUAAGGCUCCCUAAUUUUCCUAUGGCACACUUUUAUAGCUACCUUCUGGCCUUUGGCACCUGUACCCUGGAUUAUUCUUUUUGAUCCAUUCUGGAUUUUUUAAAAAAAUAAAUAUGAAAAGCA